AUGACCUGGAACGAUGCCAUGAUCCGUAAGUAUUACGACGCAGUAGUAAAGCAUGGGGGGAAGAAUAUGAUCAAGAAGAUCGCAGAGGAUCUUGGCGUGGAAGAGGCUGAGGUCCAAAAAGAAGCAUCGAAACUGGAGAAGGCAACCAAGAGAAAGAAGGACUGGAGCAAUCCAAAUGCCAAAAAACAGAAACAUGAUUGCCUAGCAAGAGCUCGUUCGUCCGAGCACCGACCGCGGAGUAAACCGGCAUAG